GAGAAGGUCACAUCUGCAGACCCGUGAUUGAAUUUACAUUUUGUUUAUCCAGUAUGAACAAGCRACAGUUUAUCGCCAUCGUCUUCCUAAUAACAGCCUUUGCAAGCUGUCAAUCCAAGCAACUGAAGCAACCACACAUUCUUCUUGUUGURGUUGAUGAUCUUGGUUGGAGUGAUGUCGGAUACCAAAACAUUUCCCCAAUCAAAACUCCAAACAUCGAUAAACUGGCAUCGGAGGGAGUGAUACUGGAUAAUUACUAUGUCCAGCCUAUAUGUACACCUACUAGGAGCGCUUUGAUGACCGGCAAAUACCCUAUACAUACAGGCAUGCAGCAUGGCGUUAUUAUCCCACCACAACCAUACGGCCUUCCCCUAGACCUCUCCCUUCUUCCGCAAAACCUGAAGAAAGCUGGAUACGCUACUCACAUGAUUGGUAAAUGGCAUCUUGGUUUCUAUGAAUGGGAGUACACGCCCACCUACCGGGGAUUUGACACCUUCUACGGGUAUUAUAAUGGUGCUGAGGACUAUUAUACCCAUGACGURAUGGGUUUUUUGGAUUURCGCGAUCAAAAAUCCAUAGUUAAAGACAUGAAGAAUGUUUACUCYGCCAAUAUAUUUACAAAGAGGGCAGAACAAAUCAUCAGCGAUCAUAACGCGUCUUCUCCUCUCUUCCUCUAUCUACCAUUUCAAAAUGUUCACUCUCCAAACGAGGCGCCGRAAUCAUUUGUCAAACAAUAUGAAUUUAUCAAAGACMWAACCAGRCGYAYUUAUGCUGGUAUGGUUACCGCUGUKGAUGMAGCYAUUGGUAACGUAACAGAUGCAAUGAAAAAGAAAGGGAUUUGGGAURACACGUUGAUGGUCUUCACGACAGACAAUGGUGGCAUACCUAUGUAUGGAGGAUAUAACUGGCCUUUACGCGGAAUGAARRYGACACUCUGGGAGGGAGGAGUUCGUGGUGURGGUUUUGUCCAUGGAUCAAUGAUUGAAAAGAAGGCUCGUAAAUGUAAWGAGCUSUUGCACGUGACUGAYUGGUUUCCCACUCUUUCAGCGAUUGCAGGAAUCGAUGACUUUGACCAAGACAUCGAUGGGUUCAAUAUCUGGGAUACGAUAUCAAAAGGGUCCGCCUCCCCAAGAACAGAGAUCCUGCACAAUAUCGACGUCAAUGAUCCUGGUUUAUUACCUUCCAGCCAGGGCAUUGCUCUUCGAUCAGGACACAUGAAAUUGAUUAUGCAAGUAUUGAACUUUCCAUGGUUUAAGCCCCCUGAGCUUGGGAAAAGCGACAGAGCACAUGGUGAUAAAUUUCCUGAGAAAUUCAGGAUCAAAGAGGCAUUGUUCAACAUUACCGCUGACCCAGAAGAACGAAAUGAUUUAAGUUCUAAGCUCCCGAAUGUUCUAGCUAGGAUGAAGGCUCGCGUGGAUUUUUACAAGCAAGGUGUGGUCCCCAAGAGGAAUCAGCCCCUUGAUCCAGAAGCUACAGCCACUGCUAAAAGAAACGGCGCAUGGACACCGUGGCGUGGAUCAACAGUCUACUGAUGUUUUAGCCUCAAAAGUCUUGUAGGUGGUAUCAGAGGCUUCUCUCUUUAGAAUAUUUUUCGGCUGAAUGUUUGUAUACCGGAGUCGUCAUAUUGGCGUAUUCAUGUCUUUAGUUUGAGAAAAGUGGCCAUUCCGAAAUUCAAAAAGGGACUGUCGAUGUAGUUUGAAUUCCAUGAGAAGAUAUAGCAUACUAAAUUUAGUAUAGCUGCUGAGUUUUAGGGUAAUUGGUGGAAUAAUUACAGAGUGAUUAGUGUUUAAACUUUGAAAAGAUAGCAAAGAAUGCCAUUGAACAGCGUUGUCAAAAUCAUACAUUCUCUCUAAUUGUUGUAAUUUUCAAAAACAAUUGCCACUCGGGUAAUUAUUCAAAGUACGAAAAUGCCUCAAAGUUGAAAAUAACACUAAUUGUAGUUUGGUCUUUCAAGUGGUGGUGGUCAGCUUUACAGUCUCCUUUUCAAUUUCAGAAAAAGGCAAGUUUAGUUCGAUAUUAGUCAACAGUUUGAACCAAACAAUAAAAAGACCGAUGAUACGUACAA